AUGUCCGACGCCUCGCCCAAUCAGUACACUCUCAAACACUGUCCCGCCACGAAAGGGGCAAUGCUAGAGGCACGGGACGAGAGGCUGAGAAUGCUAACCAGAGAGUACCAACUACAAGUGGUCGAGGCAGAAGGCAGGCUGCAGUUGGUCAACAUGAUUCUCAUGAGCCUCUCCGCGCAACAAAACGCCUGUGUUGAUCAGCGGGUCCUAGAUCUCUCCCGUCAUCCGCCAAUGACCCGAACUCAAAGAGCAUCAUCUACCCAAUUGACCUCUAUUCAGGCCCGCCAGCUUCUCUCGGCAUAUCCUAAUGGUCCCGAAGAAAAAGACAAUGAGAGAAAGAAGCCUGCAAAUGCAGCCGUUAUCGAUGUGUUUGUCGGAGGCGCUUUUGAUAGCAUGGUCAUGGCGGUCACGCUGAGAGUAACGCAUGCGAUGCAGGACCCGCCUCCAGCUGAGUUCGGAACGACUCUUCCUCGCACGUCAACAGCUGAGGACGCCAAGCAUCCACAAUAUGCUUUCCGCGACCCAGCCUCAACUACAAAGACCGAUUGUUUCACUGCGUGA